UUUUUUUCAUUUAUUCACAGCACUGGGCACGAUCAACUGAGUACGAUCAAAGUCUGGAGGGAGGCGGUACCUCUUCUUCAUCAGCAACCAUACUCUCUAGUUAUUUGACACUCGCGUCAAUGAUUUGAUAACAUCACUUGCUUCCGCGGCGCUACCGCUCCCCAUCCAUCGCCCGUCUAUUGAUUUGAGCAAUACCUUGCGCUAUUUGAGUGGUAUAUCUUUAAACACACAUUGCACUCUAUCUCAGCCGCAACCCAAGAUUCUCUUCUUGAUUACCAUGGCUACCUUCCUACGAUCCUCCGAACUCCAACAUAUUUCGUUGACGUCCACUAAAAUAUCUUCCGGCAAUAUUCUCACCUUUGUAGUGGUCACACCUAAAGAGCGCAGAAAGGGGCACUGGAUCAUCAAACCAUUCCUCGUCCAUCCGCACCACGACGCCACCCUUUGUCCCGUACGCGCCUUUCAACAACUGCAACAUUACCACUAGCUUAACGUCGACUUUCGGAUACCUUGUUUAUCAACUUUUAUCAACUUUUAUCACCCCAAUAAACCAGUCUAUGUAGCCAACAAUCAGUUGUUGACUCCGGAAACUCAUUCGCCUAUCUACCUCCGAACGCUAAGUCACUAUACGAUCUAUCGCUUCGGCCCUGAC